GUGUUUGGCGAAUCGUACAAGGAUUUCUUCUUUGCCUUCAAGGUCCUCCCGGUGAUCAUCUUCUUCAGCUCGAUAGUGUCAGCAUGCUACCAUCUGGGGAUCAUCCAAGAGAUCUUCAUCCGGGUCGGAUGGGUGAUGCAGAAGACGAUGGGUACCGGCUACUGCGAGUCUCUGAUCGCGUCUGCCAACAUCUUUCUGGGUCAGACAGAGGCCCCUCUCAUCGUGAAGCCUUUCCUGGUGCACAUGACCCGCUCUGAGAUUCAUUCAGCCAUGACCAGCGGUUUUGCCUCGAUUGCUGGCUCUGUCAUGGCAGCCUACAUCCUCUUCGGUGUGCCGGCGGACCACCUCCUCGCCGCCUCCGUGAUGUCGGCCCCGGCCGCCCUGGCCAUGGCGAAGCUGGUUUAUCCGGAGACUGAGAUUCCGAGGACCAACACUCUGAAGGUCCUCUCAGGCGACGGGGCCGCGAAUAUCCUGGAGGCCAUGACCAACGGGGUCAUGACGGGAAUGGCCAUGGCUGCCUGCGUCGCAGCGAUGCUCAUUGCCGCCGUGUCGAUCAUGGCCUUUCUAAACUCAUCGUUGGAGUUUGCCGGUGACCUUGUGGGCAUCAGUGGGCUCACUUUCGACAAGGUGCUGUCCUAUCUUCUCUGGCCUUUGGCACUGCUCAUGGGCGUGCCUUAUCCGGAUUGCCAAGCCGUGGGACUGUUGAUCGGCCAGAAGACCGUCCUCAAUGAGUUCGUGGCCUACAGGAACCUCAUGGACCUGGUAGCUAAGGGGGCGAUCAGCAGGCAGGCAGAAAUCAUCGCGACCUACGCCCUCUGCGGUUUCGCCAACUUUGGCUCCAUCGGUGUUCAGGUGGGCGGUUUCUCCACGCUGGAGCCUCUGCGGAAGGCGGACUUCGCUGCGCUGGGCUUCCGAGCCAUGGUGACUGGCACUCUGGCCUGCCUGAUGACUGGCUGCAUCGCUGGAAUGUUGGUUGACGGACAGUGA